ACCAUUCAAGUUGCCAGUGUUUCAUCUGUGGCAACAUCCUUGCCAGACGGAGACCAGCGAUGCAAAGGUACGGACUUGGACUACUCCAGACUCCAGACUGUCUCAACCGACAAUGCCGCAUGGCUCCAUGCUCAAUCUUCUGCAGAUGACGGAACCACAAGUUCUUUUGUUGUCAAUCAAGCCUUCCCGGUCCGUCUUGCCACUGCCGGAGUGAAUGGAGAGGCUUCGUCUUGUGUUGUCCAGCGCCUGCGCAUCAAUGAAGCUAUCAAUGGCAUCCCAGUCUACGGAGCCGACUCGGUUGUAACCUUGGAUGAAUGCUACGGCGCAGAACUGGCAACUGAUUCGGCCACAGCAGACAUCAAGGCUCAUGUGGAAGACGUUGGCUUCACAGGGCUUUCCAUUCGAGAGGUUACUGGAAAAUCGUUCUCGUCUGUCCAUGUCAAACGAGGCUAUACCCCUCGCUAUUCAGCGGAAGAUACCAUCCAUUAUCUGUCCAAAGAAUUUCAAGUUGAUGAGGAUAGUGGCAAUAUCGAGCCUCCAAAGCUCUACAUCUACAUUACCGAGCUAGAAGACUACUUGGUGUACUUCUCGGAUGUGCUCAUGAAGACUUAUGACGGGAAAACGCAUGUUAUCCGUGUCAUUGUGCACUCUUACGAUCUCAACAUUCUCAGCAUUUGUCUUCUAUCAUCAUCCAAAACCAUGAAUGAAAGAAGAAGUCUACGCCACAACCAACGGGAACUUCAGUUUUGCAGCACUUGUGCUACCCGUGACACCCUAACACUUUCUUCCACCAGAACCACACAGGAGAUACGAUCCUAUUAUUUGAACAACACAGGGAAGAAUGCUAUUGUGACUGAGGCAACGGUCCAAUCCGAUGGAAGGACUGUCAAUGUCCUAGGCCCGGUGCCUUCCGUUUUCUAUAAUGGAACGUACAAUUGCUUUGGUAGUGCUUGGGACAGCGAAUGUGUUCUUGUGGAGAUGCCCACCUGCCUUGAUACUAUGAGUGAUAUUCAUUACAUUAUGGUGGUAACUCUCCAGCACUUACAGUCCGCUCUGAAUGUCAUGGGCGGUUUGGCGGUCUCAUCGAGCAGUCCUCAAUCGGUGAUCGCACUUGCCCACUAUGACACCUCAAGAGAAUGUCAAGCCCUUUACCACAUGAACCGACUUAAAUUUGAGGAUUGUUAUUGUGUUGACGCGAUCCCUUCCACGACGAUGGAUUUCAUCGCAGGACAUAUAGCUCGUGGCGUCACAGAUUACAGCAGCGGUUUGCGCACUGGUGGCGUACAAACUUCAGGUUUAUAUCUUGCCUACUCGGAUAUCUAUGGCGCUGUUAUAGAAUAUCAAGUGAACGAUUCUCGUGAUACACCGGACUUUUUGGUUGGUGAAGUGCGUCUCAGUGGUCCUUAUCGGUACAUGGAGAAUCCACCAGAUGACGGUAGAUCCAUUGGAAGUGUCUGUGACUUCAGCAGCGCUACAGAUCUUUUCCAAGCUAGUGGUGUGCCAAACAAGGCGUAUGUCAAAUCUGUCCGAGAAUGCCAGGCUCAUUCAUGCUCAACAUCUGAGAGAGAAUGCGCCAUACUGCUGGGUAACUUAUUCAUGUACACCAACAUCUAUCGCCUUUCAUCAUCGAGCACAUACUUGGAUGCAGCCACUCAGACCUGCUCCGCAGUUGGCGAGUUCUUCACAAAUACCAGCCCUACCACAUCCUGCACUACGACAGAUGUAAUGUCCUUUAUUGUCGCCGGCUGGAUGUCAGUGAGCAUUGAUAUUGACAGCAGCACUUGCGUAGCCACAAACAACUGUCCACCAUCAACACAAGCGCCCACACAAUUCCCGACGUCAUUUCCAAUGCCGUUUCCCACUCCAGCUCCCAUUGCACCAACCCCAUUGCCGAGUCCACUUACAACUCCAAUACCAACCAAUUAUCCCAGUUGGUAUCCAACCAAUCAACCCACCAAAGCAACACCCACCCCCUUCCCUUCCUCUUUGCCAACGCUACUUCCCACUCCAGGGGGAUCACGGUCAACUUGGGUUUUUGGCACAGAUGCAGGCAACGAUGGACUAUACAUCAUUGACAGUGACACUGGCGCAUUGGUGAGUUACAUUGGUGAUCUGACGGGAUAUACCACACCGGUUACCAUGGCGUCUCGAUCCGGAGAAUUGUACAUCUACAACAAUUCCCCAUCACCCGGUCUCCUAAAGGUUGACCCUGAGACUGCUGCAGUAACCCAAGUUUCCUCUGGCAGCAGCAACUAUGCGGGAAGUAUUGCGUUUCGAUAUGGUGUUCUUUAUGCACACUUUCAAACAUCAUCCAGUUUGUAUUCGUUGAAUGUGAACACAGGUGUUGAAACGGUCAUUUGCUCAGGCAUACUGCCAGGCCACUUCUCAGGCAUGGACACAAACCCUAUCACAGGCCUUCUGCACUUGACCAAGCUCGAACUCAGCACCGCUCCAACCAUGUACACCAUUGAUCCAUCCACAUGCACACUUGUUCUAGUUGGGCAGCUGAGCGUCUCUCUUGGCAGACUUGAUUCAGUUGUGUGGAAUCCCAACAGCAACAAGUUCCUUGGAGUUGAUGGUGUUCACAAUAACCUUUUUGACUUGGAUGUUGAUGGUACCGUAACAAAUGUUCGUGCUGCUUCAAGUUCUGUGUAUACUCCACAGGGAAUGGCAAUGUACACGGAUGUCUUCCCAUGA